CUGAGCCCCAGUAGCUGGCGGGCCGCGCUGGCUCAUGGGAGCUGUAGUGCUGCCGGGAGCCAUCACAGCAGUCGGCCGUUGAGCCGAGCAGGGAGAGGAAGGCCAGGCCCCGCCAUGUCUCUGGUGGCCUAUGCCAGCAGCGAGGAGAGCGGCUCGGACUCGGAGGAGGCCCCGGAGCCCUCAGCCAAGCCCGGGGAGCCCCCUCACUCCAGCCCCCAGGCCGAGGCCUAUCCUGGGCCCUAUGGAGAGCAGGAGCAGCACAGCCCGAGCCUCUAUGGGCCCCCAGGAGCCUUCGGCUUCCCGCCUGGAUACGGCCCCCCGCCGGGCUAUGGACCCUCCGCCUACCCGGGCAGCCAGGGCCCCGCCAUGUAUGGCAGCUAUGGACAUAGUAACAGCCAGGGGCCAGGCUCCUCCAGCUACCCCAGCAUGGGGCCCUACAGCAGCCCCAGCAGCUACCCACCCCCAGCCAUCAGCCUCCCUCCACCACCUGUGGGCCAUGGCAUGAACCUCCCCCCAGGCAUGAACCUCCCCCCACCACAAGGGGGUCCAGGCAUGAACCUCCCCCCACCACAAGGGGGUCCAGGCAUGAACCUUCCCCCACCCCAUGGAGGACCAGGCAUGAACCUCCCACCACCACAAGGGGGUCCAGGCAUGAACCUCCCCCCACCGCAAGGGGGUCCAGGCAUGAACCUCCCCCCACCGCAAGGGGGUCCAGGCAUGAACCUCCCCCCACCGCAAGGGGGUCCAGGCAUGAACCUCCCACCACCGCAAGGGGGUCCAGGCAUGAACCUCCCACCACCACAAGGGGGUCCAGGAAUGAGCCAUCCCCCUUUGCAAGGGGGACAAGGGAUGAACCUUCCCCCACCACAGGGGGGUCCGGGAAUGAGCCAUCCCCCUCUGCAAGGGGGACAAGGGAUGAACCUUCCCCCACCACAGGGGGGUCCGGGAAUGAGCUUGCCUCCUCCACAAGAGAGUCCAGGAAUGAAUCACCCCCAUCCUCAAGGAGGGACAAGAAUGAAUCUUCCUCCUCCGCAAGUGGGCUCGGGACUCAACCUUCCUGCUCUGCAUGGUGGCCCAAGAAUGAACCUCCCCCCUCCACAGGGGGGUCUAGGAAUGAACCUCCCCCCUCCACAAGGAGGUCCAGGACUGAAUCUGCCACCCCCACAAGGGACUUCAGGAACAAACCUCCCUCCACCUCAAGGUAGUCGUGGAAUGAGUCACCCUCCCCCACAAGGUGGCCCUGUGAUGAGCCACCAUCCUUUACAAAUUGGGCAAGGGAUGAAUCUUCCACCACCUCAAAGUAGUUUAAACAUGCCUCCGCCACAUAGCAGCCAUGGACUCAGCUUACCUCCUCCUCAAAACAACCAUGGUAUGAACAUGCCACCUCCACCAGGAAGCCCUAAUCUUUCUCUUCCUCCACCAGUUGGUGGCCAUGGGAUGAGCAUACCACCACCGCAAGUCGGUCCUGGACUUAAUAUACCACCUCCACAGUUAAGUCCCACAUCCAACAUUGGUGGGGAUUCUCGUCUGUCUCUACCCCCUCCUAAAGCGUCUUCUCAUGGAUUAAAUCUCCCUCCACCAGCCACUGAAAACCUAAAACCAAAGAAGAGGAACGAACCAGUGAAAAUCAGUGUCCCCGAGCUGACUUCUGUUGGUUCUGAUUCAGAAGAUGAUGAGCCAGUUGUGAAGAAAACAGCCAUUCAGGCACCAAGGGAAGGGUUUGGCUUGUCUGCUUUACUUCCUCAGCCCAAAAAUCCAUCUGGGGGCGAUUCAAAGAGGCCUACCCUCCCUUAUAACUUUACCAAGAAAUCUUCAGACUCUCUGAACGAUGCAAAGCUUCCCAAAACUGGUCCUCCUACAAAGUCCAAUCUAACACCAAAACCUGAAGUUUCUCACACCCCAUCUCCGUCUGCCAUUAAAGCUGCGGCCAAGAAUGCUGCCCUACAAGUCACCAAGCAUAUCACGCAGGAAGAGGAUGAGGAGAGUGACGAUGAAGUUCAACAAGGCAACUUCUUCUCCCUUUCGGACACUAAUGAGACUCCUUCUAUGAACACUGAAAGCUUCUCAUACCAAGUCGCUGAUCUCAGUAAUGACAGACCCCCAGGUACUGAGCCCGACGAGUAUCAAAGUGAUGCAGCUAAUGCUCCUUUAGAUUUCAAGACGAGUGCUUCUCUGGGCUCCAACCAGCAGUGGUCAUCUACAGUUACUGAAGAAUACAGCGGCCAGUACAGCCAGUACCCAGAGUACAGUAAUCCCGGAGCUGCUUUCUAUCCACAGGAUUACUAUAACACCGGUUACUACCAGGAGUCUGAAACGUCGCCUUCGGCACCUCGAGAACCAGCUACUAGUGACUCUUUUAUGGAUGAUGAAGCAUUUAAACGCCUGCAAGGCAAGAGAAACCGAGGAAGGGAAGAAAUUAAUUUUGUGGAAAUUAAAGGGGAUGAUCAACUAAGCGGCAACCAGCAGUGGCUAACAAAGUCCAUGACUGAGGAGAAGAAUAUGAAGUCUUUCAGCAAGAAAAAAGGGGAUCAGCCAACUGGGCAGCAGCGAAGGAAACACCAGAUAACCUAUCUAAUACACCAGGCUAAAGAGCGAGAACUUGAACUCAAGAACACCUGGUCAGAUAACAAGCUGAGCCGGCGGCAGACACAAGCCAAAUAUGGCUUCUAACGGCUCUCUGUAUUCUUAUGAAGCCUUUUUGGAAUGUGAGUCAGCCAUGGUGGCUAUAACAUUUGGAUUCUAAUAUGAAGUGCCCACAGGAAUAGCGGCUUUUAGACUAAGCUUCUAUGAAGAGUAUCGGUGGCAGCGGCUGCUUGGGAAACUUUGUGACACAUUUUAACUCUGACGGUCCGUUAAUGCAAGUUUUUCUUUUGCCGAUGACUGACAAGAAAAGUUUUCUGUUAAAUGUCAUUGAAAGGACUGUAUGCAUUGCUCGCCAGCUCUGGUCUGUGGCUCUCUUCCGGUAGCAAUGUGAAACUGACUAAUGGGGUAUUGAUAUAAAGACAUUCUCCUAUUUCCCUUCCAUACAGCUCAUUCUCGCCACACGUGUGAACUCCUGGAGACCAUGCUCUCUCUGCUUCUCGAAGCUUAGUAAUAACCCGCUGCGUGUCCGAUGGUCACUUUCUUUUCUGCUAUUGAACUGAAACAUCUCCUCAUCCUACUUUGCAUCCCAAAGGUUGACCGGUGCAAGCGGAAUUUAAACAUGUCCUGUAUUUUGUGGUGUGAAAUCUUGUAAAUAACUUAAAACUGUGUAUGUAUAUACAUAUAUAUAUAUAUAUUUUUUUGAGUUGGAUUUUUUUUUUUUGCUCCCACUUCCCCGUAGCUUUUAAUACAGUGAUUUUUGAAACUCUGAUAUAUCUCCUGUGUAACCGUAAAUCUCCAGUUCAUAAUGCAAGUACUGAAGAGGGCUAAGCGGCCUGCAGUACCUCAGCUAAUAUUUACCUUAUCGUUGAAACAAGAUGACCUGUAAUAAAACCUUUUGUGAUUCUAUCAUUUGUAAUGCAUACCUUUUUAAGUAAGUCGUCAUUGGUCAUACAUACUGCUUCUUUAACCAAAAGCCAUGCACGGUGUGAGCGGAGUCUGUUUCAGAGUUCAUUGUCUGUUCUUGCACAUGAUGUCAGGAUUUGGGAUCACCCCUAGCUCUGUUAUUUAGUGUAUGGUCUGAUGAUUACAGCAGCCUGCUGUUGUUGUUAUGGUUCCAGGAGUGCCCUUGCAUCCUCCCAGUGUGAUUGGUUGAGCCGUUUAAUAACUCGGU